ACGAGGUCAGAAAGAGCCUUUCGCUGAACGUUAAUUUCCAAGGAGUCCCUCUGUGCGGGCUGCGGGGACGUGGCGUACACUGGUCUCCCGUAGACCAUGGCACUGGGCAAGGAGGCCAGACUAUCGCGCCGGGCCGCAGCCCUUUGGGCAGUCUUCGUUAUAUCCUUUUGCAUAGAGGAGGGCUGCACAAGGCCUUUACACGCACGUGUUGCUGAGCACAACCACCGGCACAAGCGACAGCUAAACGGCCUGUUCACCAGUAUAUUAGAUGGAGUCAAGAACCUUGUGAAUACGGGAACAAGCAUCGCCGGACUCGGCACAGGCAUGCUCAACUUGGGAGGCGACGAAGGCAUCGGUGGUGUCGUCAGCGGAAUGCUAAACCUUCUCUCUAUUGGAACUGAAAUCUUCACCGGCAUACUUGGCACCCUGCUGAACGGCGACCUCCUGGGUGGACUGUUGCCUUUCGUUGGCGGCCAGGGAUAAUGCUCGCAUGCGAUGAAUUAAAACGUGUGGCGGCAA